AUGGAUGAAGCUCCAGAAAAUGUUGAACCCGAACAAGAGCUCGACUUGGAGAAGAUCAAGUUGUUGCCGGGCGCGUCCGAGGACGGCUCUGCGGCCUCUUUCCAGAUUGCUGACGAAGACCACACUUUGGGUAAUUCCUUGAGAUACAUUAUCAUGAAGAACCCGGAGGUUGAAUUCUGCGGUUACUCUAUUCCCCACCCGUCUGAAACCAAGUUGAACUUGAGAAUCCAAACCUAUGGCGCCAUUACCGCUGUUGAGGCUUUGCACCAAGGUUUGGACAACUUGGUUAACUUGUGUGCUCACAUCGAAGAAAAGUUCUCGGAGAAGAUCAGUGAGGGUAAGUUCAAGACCGAGGAACCAUAA